AUGAAUUCAAGAUUCAGAGAAGCGCGCCGGCUAGAUUUCAUGAUCAGCUCUUAUAGCGGCACACUUACUGAGAACCUCGAGCGGAGGCUCCAGAAAGCUGCUUCUCUCCCUCCCCUCGAUGACUUCCCACAACAGGAUGCAUGGUGGAUCAAAAAGUUCGCACAGCUUAAUGCCAUCUACGACGUCAGGCUACCUGUAGAACUGCGAUCGUCUCAGCUAGAAGUUAACGCCUUGACAGAACAGGCAGUGAAGAGACUUCUACGUCUGGGGCGAGAUUCAGCCGCUAUUAGGAAGGCAUGGAUCAUUCGCAUGCGCGAAGACUACUCGGCCGAAGGGAAAAAGAACAUCUGGGGCGAGAUGAUGUUAUGGCUGCUCCAUCAUGAUCACGAUGCAGUUUUGCCGACCCUGGAAGCUAUAAGUGGAGGAAAGAAAGCACCUAGCUACGCUGUUGCUGAUAUUCUGGAGCAUUUCAUGAGUAGCCACCUCCAGCGUGCUGAAAGCGACGAGCUUAGAUUACCUCCUGGAUUCCUUUACACUCUAGAAUUCCUCCUGCAACAAAAGAGGACCCUCGGCCGUGCACUAUCUCAAAAAUUUGUGCACCUUGUCUUGACCCACAGUUCCCUUGAGGAGGGUGCUCAGCUGUGGAAGAUGCUUCGUGGAACUGCUUUUAAACCCGCGAGGUUCACAACAUACCACCUCGCAUAUUUCUUUGGCAAACACGGCGAGUAUAAAAUGGCCGUAAGAGAACUACGGAGGCGUAUUGAGCUGGGAGCACCUCCCCGAGACGAGAUUUUCGCGUCCGUCUGCACGCAAAUACUUCGAAGCAGCGCUACCAAAGCAAACGACUAUCCUGCUACAGCCGAGAUUCUGUCGGAAUUGACUACCAUGGGUGUCAAGCUCAACAUUUACCUCUACACAGUGGUCAUGCACAAUGCUGUUGACCAUGGCGAUCUGCAGGCGGCUUUCACCGUAUAUCGACUCUUGCAGCAAAACGGGAUCGAGCCGAACGAUUAUACGUACACUGUCUUGUUGAAGGGCCUUAAGGACGGGAAACACCCCGAAAUGCUCCAAUCAAUCGUAGGGGACGCAGGAAAGGCUCUACCAAACCUCGAAAGACCCCGAGUCGUUGCCACAGACAUCAUCCAUUGCAUCUACCUCCAGCAUUUUGAACCAGCCAGUACAGCAACCACUUUUGCCGAUCUGGCAAAGACCUACCAUGAAUAUUUCGACCCUUCAAUUCCGAUCGCAUUGGGUGUGCCGCCUCAUUUCUUCGGUAAAACCGUUGCUACGACCAUGAGCCCAUCCCCUCAUGCUAUCGCCAUCGUGUUGACAGCUUACCUUAAACUCGUCUCUCGACAGAGCCCGGAGGAGGUGGUCCGCCUCUAUCAUGUUUUUCAGCGCCAGAUCGAGCGCCCUGACAAUCCGGUCAUGUCUUCACUUGGACGAACCGACCACUUCUUCAAUGCCUUCCUCUUCGCCCUGGGGCAGAAUGCCAAUACCCUCCAGAUGGUACCCACAAUUUUGCGUCAGAUGACUGACAAGCGUGUCCAUGCAGUUCCACUUACUUCAAAGUAUACAUGGGAUAUUUUGGUUAAUGCAUUCAUGCGGCAUAAGCAGCCCGAAGCCGCAGAACGGGUGCUUGAAAUCAUGCGCAAGUACAAUCAGGAACCAAAUGAUGUCACUUGGAAUUCUCUUGUUAGAGGGUACGCCCGACUACAGGAGGUCGAUAGAGCUCUGGAUACGAUACGAAAGAUGCAGCUCCAGGAGGUCGAGCUGGAUCUGUCCUCUUUACGCGCUCUUAGUAGGAUGCGGGAGAACGACAGGCUAGCCCAGGGUCUACAGGAGCUCGGCGCGCAGCAACGCAGCCAAGCGGAGGAAGAGCAGGAUUAUUUGGUUCCGGACGACUACCAGGAGGAUCAUAUAGUUCCAGACGACUACGAGGAGGAACCAUCGGUCCUGAAGGAGAUCGAGGAGGAGGAUCGAGAGGAGGCGAUCCGAGAAGAACAGGACGCUGCCCGGUGGACUGGUGCUGGGAGCACCUCCGACUCGAAUGGAAAAGCGCCGGCCGAGGGCAAGCAAACCAGCAGCUGA